AUGCCUAUACCACAAUCUAUGGCAUGGGCUUUGAAGAAGAUUCUGAGUACCAGAGAUAUAUUUGAGAAGGGGAAUAGACUCCAAGAGUUCAUUGUGGGUGAGAAAUUCUCUAUCAGGAAGUGUUAUAAUCAGUUGAAUGGUGAUGUAAAUCCUGUAAGUUGGAAAAGACUUAUUUGUAAUAACAAAGCUUCACCUAAGAGCAUAUUCAUCACCUGGCUUGCUGUUCUCAACAGGCUAACAACUAAAGUUAGACUAGUCUCUUGGCAGAUGCUCAAUGAUCCCAGCUGUCCUAUUUGUCAACAGGAAAAUGAAGAUGUACUACACUUAUUUAUCAAGUGUAAUUACUCUGCAACAAUCUGGCAAAAGUGUCUGCAGAUUCUGAAAUGUCCUCGGCCUAUAGUUUCCUUCAUGAGUGAAGUUAACAUUGCAGCUGAGCAAUGUAGAAGAAGACACAAGAAAAGUCAAGUCUAUGGCAUGGUCUUCACUGACGCUGUUUAUCAACUGUGGAUGCAAAGAAAUCAGAAGGUGUUUGAGAAUAAACUGGUUAGUCCAGAUCAAGUUGUUGAUAAUAUCAUUUUUAAUGUUGCUUGUCGAUGUCUGAGGAUCUAG